AUGGCUGGUACUUGUACCUCGAUUAGGCCUCCUCGCGUCAUUGGCUCUUGUUCGAUUGUUGAGCUUUCCANGUUGAUUAAUCGAGCCGGAGUUCCUUUCUCUGUUCGGAUCUCUACCAGAACCCGAGUCCAUGGAGGUGGUUUCACCGCACCGUCUACUUCACGUGAGGAAGGUCCUUCUUGUAUCUUCGUUGGUCCGAUUGAUUCCGCUCGUAAAGAAACCCUAGAAGCUCUUUAUCGACAAGCGAGGGAUGCGUAUUACAAUGGCAAGCCUUUGAUAGUUGAUGACAUGUUUGACAGAGUUGAGCUAAAGCUUCGUUGGUAUGGUUCAAAAUCUGUUGUCAAGUACCCUCGGUGUAGCCUCUUGCGACAGUCAACUUAUGCUGAUGCAGAGGAUGAUGCAUCACAAGUUCUUCUGUUAGCUACCAUAUGGAUCUUGAUUCUCUUAUUUGGUAGCUCGGCAUGCGUUUUGCCCACGAUCUAUGGCCUCGGCCUAGUCUAUGGAGGAGAUCCGUUCGAUUCAGGGCUUGUCUAUAGCGGCCAAUUGUCUACUUCUGUGCCUUUUUUGUCAAAGUUGAACGGCAUACUCCUCACCGUGCUGGGACCUGCUUUUGGAUAUCCGAUUGCAUCUUCUGCAGUAAAAGUACUUCAUGGGUUAUGGAGAAAUGACUUAACGGCUCUAAAAGGAAACUGCCCGAAUUGUGGGGAAGAGGUCUUUGCGUUUGUGAGAUCCGAUCAAUCAAACCGAUCAGCUCACAAAGCCGACUGUCAUGUCUGUGAAUGCACCUUGGAGUUCCGUACCAAAGUAGAGAAAUCGACGUCGCCGUUGGGUAGAAAAUGGGUUUAUGGCAGGAUAUACCUUGUUUCCCGGCCAAGGAGAGAUCGGCGUUCCAGAUAUACAUAA